AUGUCAUCCCAGCGUGUCGAGCCCACUACUUCCAUCACCGCGAAUGACUUCGGGGUCCCCGAUGUCAACACCACCGGUAUACCGAAAAGGGACGAGCACGCUGUGGCCCAAAGAGAUUUGAGUCCCCAGUGGACCUUGCCGGGCGUCAUGGAUUGGCGUGCUACAGCAUCGGAUAUUGUUGAACAGGAUGCUGUCGAAGACGCUGCUGGCGGUGGUAACUAA